AUGAUGAACACUGCCUUCUCUACGCAAAUCGUCAUCACCGUUUUUGCUCUCAUCACUCUCACAUCAUCACAGUCAUCGUCAAUUGUUCCGACAACUGCCGCUGCUUCGACCCCAGCCGCAAGCACAUCAGGCACUUGUAUCGAGAAAUACACUCCAUGGUUGACGAGGGGAGUGUGCAAUGAUACGUGUGGAGGAUAUGGACAAAUGCAAUUGAUUAGAGCAUGUGUGACAGGAUGCACUUGCCAAGGUCCCUUCACAAUGUACACCCUAUGUGCCCAAGCUUUGUGUGCUUUCCCGCGAGCGACUUGUGAUACAUCUGUGGGUCUUGCCAAGUACCUCUAUGGAACGAACUGGUAUUGCGGAUUCGGGAAUGGUUUG